AUGACACUGAUAAUAGAUCCCCAGGUUGCGGGCAUCGCCGGGGACAUGCUACUGUGCUCCCUGGUGGACAUGGGCGCGGACGGAUCAAGGAUAGCGCGAGGGGUCACAAAGGCAGUCUCCAUCAUGGACGGAUCUGCCAUCGGCAGCAUCGAGUUUGCCGGGGUGACCAGAUGCGGUGUGCGGGCAACGGGCUUGCUGCUAGACAUCCAAGAGGAGGCAGAGCCGCGAACCGGCGCCCAGCUUCGAUCGUGGAUAGCGCAGGCAUCCGGGGAGCUUGGACUGUCUCCUGCGGCAAGCAGCUUUGCGCUUGCCAGUGUUGGCGCCCUGAUAUCUGCCGAGGCCAGGAUCCAUGGCCAGGAUCCCGACUCGGUUCAUCUCCACGAGACUGCAGGUGCCGACACCGUGGUGGACAUCCUGGGCACGGCCAUGGCCCUAGAAGAUCUGCACCUGGAACCGGCAUCGCCAUCGCCGGGGGGACAGGCAAGGGCCGAGAUGACAACCCCCACGGGAGCCAGCAUGCUGGCAAGCCUCAGGCCCGCAUACCUGGAGCACUAUCCCACCGUGCAGGUAGACCGAGUGGGAUACGGAGCCGGCACCAUGGAGUUUGAUGGCUUUGCAAACGUGCUCAAGGUGGUUGCAGGAAGGCGCGCUACGGAAACAAUCCAGGACACGGUGCACAUACUUGAGACCAAUGUGGACGAUGUCUCCGGCGAGCUGCUCGGCGUGACAGUGGAGAGGCUGAUGGAGGCCGGUGCCCGAGACGUAACCGUGGUACCGGGACUGACCAAGAAGGGUCGGCCCACAAAUGUGAUUACCGUGAUAUGCGAUCAUGCGUCAGCGGACCUGCUGCUGGGACUCCUGAUGGAGGAGACCGGCACGUUGGGUGUCCGGGUGCGCACAUCCCGGCGGGUGCUAUCUGCCCGGCAGGCCGGAACUGCAGACAUAUCCAUAGACGGUCAGGGCUUUACGGCUCGCUACCAGGUGCACGGCAGCUCGGGCCGCUUCAAGGCAGAGUCUGAUGACAUACGCCGCGUCUCGUCGGCAACGGGGCGCUCCUUUGGAACCACAGAAGAGUUAAUCAGAGCGCAGAUACGAAAGAUCUUAGAUGAACGUGCAGUGUCAGGCGGCGUGGACAGCGCGCUGGUGGCAUAUGCGGCUCACGCAGCACUGGGAUCAGACAGCGCCGCGCUGACCGCCGACUACAAGACGCUGUCCCAGGACGAGCUGGACUCUGCAAGGCAGGUGUGUUCCCAGAUAGGAAUACAGCACACCGUCAUAUCAUACAGCGAGCUGGAUGACGAGGGGUUUGUUGCCAACGACCGGGACAGGUGCUUUCAUUGCAGGACCCAGCUGGGGCGGCGCCUGCAGCAGUUUGCCACGGAGGGCUUGUUUCAGAUAGUUGUGGAUGGAACAAACCUGGAUGAUCUUGGGGACUUUCGUCCAGGCAUAGAGGCGUUACGGGGGUACCAUGUGCGAAGUCCGCUGCUGGAGACAGGGUUUGCAAAGUCCGACGUCAGGGCAGCCGCCAUGGAGGCCGGGCUUGCGGUGCAUGACCGUCCCUCAAACUCGUGCCUGGCAUCCAGAAUUCCGUGGGGUCAGCGCGUCACAGCCGGAAGCCUUGAGCGCAUCGAGCUUGGCGAGGAUGCGGUGAAGCGGAUCACCGGGGCGCGGACAGUCAGAGUCCGUGACAUAGGCGGCACGGCCAGGAUAGAGCUGGGAGCCGACGAGCUCGCCCUUCUCUCGCAGGAUGCCAAGCUGGAGAUAUCCCGGAGGCUAAAAUCCACGGGAUUCAGCUCCGUGGAGUUUGAUCCUGAAGGCUACAGACAGGGAAAGGCAAACGUGAUGUCCGGUUGA